AUGGGCCCGCUUGGUCACUCCCGUACCGGCUCUGGGGGCUUCGAGUGGGAUGAAACGCCCCACAAUGUGUUAUCGCACAUUAACGUCUCAUUCAACAAACAUGGAGUAACUUCUAUUCAGUUCGGAUAUGUCGAGAAUGGAGCUGUUGUCAUGUCUGAGACAUACGGCUCAUCAUCAUCUGUCUGUAGCAGGCGAAUUUUGAGGCUGAACCAUGAGACAGAGUUUGUGAAAGGGAUAUGGGGGGAGAUACACAAUGGUUACAUUUCCUCUCUGGCGUUUCAUACAAAUGAACGUGCACACUAUGCGGUUCACUGGACCUUCGAUUCAGGAGAAGUGGGUCUUGAGAAGAUGGAGUUUCAUUCAGGGAUACUUGAACGCCGUGAGUUUGGAAGUUUCUUUGGAACUUGUAACCAUGCUCAGCUGACAUCUAUUGGUUUCUAUGUGAGGCUUCUGGUCCCAAAUGUUAUGGCGAUCAAGGGGAAGAUGUUUCAACAAGCACGCGGUGACGGUGAAGACUUCUUGAUCUUAUACUAUAUGGUUUUACUAGACUACUCAUGUGGCUUAGUCUAA